GACAUUCAUUCGCCGCGAAAUCUGGACCGUACGAUGCUCCGAUUACGCUUUAACAAAGGGGGCAAAUCCGUAACUUCACUUCUUCAUCUUCCCCCAAUCCCUCUCGUCUUCUUCGAGCUAUAUAGAGCGAUAGAGAGAGAGAGAAGAGAAGCGUUAGAUUUGAGAGUUACAGAGAGUGAGUAAGAGAUGGCUAGUGGAAUCGCUCGAGGUCGUUUGGCGGAGGAGAGGAAAUCGUGGAGGAAGAAUCAUCCUCAUGGUUUUGUGGCGAAGCCGGAGACUGGGCCUGAUGGGUCUGUGAAUCUAAUGGUGUGGCAUUGCACUAUUCCUGGUAAAGCCGGUACUGAUUGGGAAGGUGGAUUCUUUCCAUUAACGAUGCACUUUAGCGAGGACUAUCCGAGCAAGCCUCCCAAAUGCAAAUUCCCACAAGGCUUUUUCCACCCUAAUGUCUAUCCAUCAGGGACAGUCUGUCUCUCAAUCCUCAACGAGGAUUCCGGAUGGAGACCAGCCAUCACAGUGAAGCAGAUUCUUGUGGGUAUACAGGAUUUACUUGACACCCCUAAUCCUGCUGACCCUGCACAGACUGAUGGUUAUCAUCUCUUCAUCCAGGAUGCAGUUGAGUACAAGAAAAGGGUUAAGCUUCAGUCUAAGCAGUAUCCUCCCAUUGUCUAAAAACGUCAGAAGUGAACGUCGGAUCUCUUGUGUUUGGCCAUCAAAAGUUCAUUUCCACUCUGUACAAUUGCUUAUAUGUGUUCUUAAGUGUUAUACCAGGGAUAAAUGCCUAAAAGUGACGACUCCUAACAUAAUGUGUGAACUAGGGUUAGAGAUUUUUAACAUAACCGAACUUCCAAA